CAGCGGGACACUCGGUGUUUUCCAGUUCAAAGUGCGUUUGGAGGCCGACGACCUGCGGCUCUGUUUGGACAGUUGACGGUCUGCGAGAAGACGGAGCGGAGACAUCGCCAUGACGACUGAGUACCAUGACGACGUGGAGGACGACAGCAGCUCCUUCUGGAACAAAGAGCCUCGGCCCGUCGCCCUGUCCGUCCACGGAUACAGACGCUGGAUGUUUCCGGCUGCCGCGGCGACGCUCGUCCUCGUCCUGAUUAUCGCCAUGGCGGCCAGCAACGCCAGGACGUCGAGCCGACUGUGGUCUGUGGAGAAAAGUGUCUCCAACCUGAGUGAAUCUCUGAGCGACGCCCAGCAGCUCACCAAAGAUGCAGCUAAAGACGUCCAGCGGCUCAAGUUUGCUGUGGAGAGCAACAAGGACCAGCUGACGUCGGUAUCGGAGGCUUUGAAGCAGCUUUCAGCCCUCGACUCCAUCAAGAGGACGGUGGCAGCGCUCAAAUGUUCCCUCGAACGCUUCAUCAACAACGGGUCAACGGCGGACGGCUGCUGUCCUCUGGGUUGGGACGCCUUCAGCUCCAACUGUUACCUCUUCAGCAAGGAUGCUUUGUCGUGGGACGAUGCCAGAGACUGGUGCAACGGACACGAGUCCCACCUGGCCAUCCUCCUGACCGACGAGGAGUGGGACUUUGUGACCCGUCACACCUCAGGCAGCUUCUACUGGAUCGGUCUGACCGAUGAGAGGACGGGGAAGUGGGAGUGGGUCAACCAGACGCCCUACGUGAUGAACCGGAGGCGCUGGAAGCCGGGUCAGCCGGACAGCUGGACGGCUCACGGUCUCGGUCCCGGAGACGAAGACUGCGCUCAUCUUCACUUCGAUGGACGCCUCAACGACCUGCACUGCUCCAGCAAGCUACGCUACGUCUGUCAGAAACACAGCCAGCGCAGCAGCUGAACACCAGCAAAUAGUCUGAUCCACAGCAGACCGUCACUUACAUACACCAGCAAAUAGUCUGAUCCAUGAUGGGCUGUCACCUACAUACACCAGCAAAUAGUCUGAUCCACAGCAGACAGUCGCCUACAUACACCAGCAAAUAGUCUGAUCCACAGUGGACAGUCACCUACAUACACCAGCAAAUAGUCUGAUCCACAGUGGACAGUCACCUACAUACACCAGCAAAUAGUCUGAUCCACAGCAGACAGUCACCUACAUACACCAGCAAAUAGUCUGAUCCACAGCAGACAGUCACCUACAUACACCAGCAAAUAGUCUGAUCCACAGCAGACAGUCACCUACAUACACCAGCAAAUAGUCUGAUCCACAGCAGACAGUCACCUACAUACACCAGCAAAUAGUCUGAUCCACAGCAGUCACCUACAUACACCAGUAAAUAGUCUUAUCCACAGCAGACCGUCACCUACAUACACCAGGAAGUAGUCUGAUCCAUAGCAGACAGUCCCCCCCAUGCCCCAGUGAUCUGUACUCUUGUUAAUCCUCAAGACUUAGUGAUCUUUGUUGUAUUUUCUGAUCCUGGGAUCCAUGAAGUAAUAAACAUCAGUGAGACUCA